AAAGUGAUAAUAACCUUAAGAAAUUUUAUUCAAUAUUUUCCAUCUCGCCGAGAGCAUUAGAAAGGACAGUACAGUUCCUUCAUAAAUCAUUAUAAAAUAUGGAAAAAAACUUAUCAAUUAAUUUGUAAUAUUGAAUUAAACGAGGUUAUCUUCGAGUAUGAUAACCUCGAAAUAGUGCUUGACAGUUCUGUGUUUGGAACAUGUUUUUAUUUCGCUAAGGUAGUGUUAUAUGACUCACACAUUGUGAUCGGUUACCUUACAAACACGAUUCAUUUUGGAACAGUAUUUUUAAUUUUGACAUACGAAAAUGUUGUCGUUGGACGAAUCAAAAAUUAUCUCUAUGGUAGCUUUAGGUCUGAGCAGUUUUUUAGUGGGUAUUUUGCCGCUGAAAUUUUCUAGCCAUGGAAGACAAAGAUACCCUUUACUAAUUACAGUAUUAUUAUGUUUCGGGGGCGGCGUUUUGCUGGCUACAUCGAUAAUACAUAUGCUACCUGAGGUCAGGGAGCAAAUUCCAGAAUAUGCUGAACUAUUGUUCUGUGUAGGGUUUUUCAUUGUUUACUUAGUAGAUGAAUUAGUUCAUUUUUUCUGUGGAGAAACUAUAGGUCACAAUCAUCAUCGUGAGGAACAUACAAGUCUUCGUCAUGGUGAUGACACUUACAGUCAAGUUCAGAAUCAUCAGCCGAUAUAUGGGUCUGUGGAUUCUCACGCACAUAAUUAUCAAAGACAAUUGCCUUAUAAUCCACAAUUGGUAACUUCACAUAGGCACGAAUUGACCGAACAAGAGGUUAACCCAUCAUCACCUUCUUGCUGUCCUGGUGAAUCUUCAAAUGCAAGAAUUUGUCAUGUUAAUCAUACUGAGCCAUGCAAUAGUUCAGCAACUGGUAGAGCUGGAUUGCUAAUUGCUUUGUCUCUGCAUGCAAUUUUGGAAGGUUUGGCAAUAGGUCUUCAAGAAUCUGCUUCUAAGGUUAUACUUCUUAUGUCAGCGGUUGCUUCACACAAAUUAGUUGUUGGCUUUUGCUUAGGUCUAGAAUUAUCAGCAAAUACAGUCGGAAAGGCUUGUGCAACCGUGACUGCCAUGCUGAUUUUUUCUUUGGGUUCAGUAGUUGGUAUUGGUGCAGGAAUGGCUAUUGCUGACCAUAGUGAAAAUUUGCAUUCUGUUCUUCCUAUAAUGCAGGCACUUGCUGGUGGAACACUUUUGUAUGUCACUGUAUGUGAAGUUUUACCAAGAGAGAGAUCCCGUUGGCAUCAAAAACGAUCAUGUCCAUCUGCAGGUUUAAUACAAUUUGCAGCUGUUUCUGUAGGAUUUACUGCCAUGACACUCUUAAAUAUAUAUUUAGGAGAGUAAAGAUGUCAAGAUUCAAUAUAACGAAAGUAUACGUUGGAAACUAUUUUUAAAGAUAUGAUGUUAAGAAAUGAUAUUAUAAAAUGUGACUGUUUGCUAUGCAAACGAAAAAUAUUCUAAGUAUAUUUUUAGAUACAUGUAAGAUUUUGAUAAUAGUUUUUUUGUUUCAUCAUAAUAAA